GUCUGAAAGCGACCUCGGGGGACAUGGGGCAGUACAUCCUAUUUUCACAAAUGAUACCUUGAAUUAGGAGAAGCACUUGACAUGUCAGCAAGGAUGCGGCUCCUCUAGGAGCAAACACGAGACCCCGCCGCCCAGAGACGCAAGUCCCAAUGUGGCAACUGACGAUGGAGUCCAUGGCUCUUGUGAUCGCGGGUUACAUUCUUACGGUUACAUCUUGCCAGAUUGAGAAGGUUCUGGGACAUAUAUUCCAAGCAAUGGGGACCUCACGUUUUGCAGGUGUGUAGGACAGCUGGAUCCUUCAUUUUUUGGGGCCAGCGGAGUAGUAUAUAAGUUAUGAGAAAGACCACCGAAUUUUAUAUGUCUUCAGAGUAGAUAUCAGCUCACUACUCUGCAUUCCGGAGCUGCUAGGGCUUCACACCUAUCGAUGAGACUUCAAACACCGAGUGUGACUAGCAUUGUGUCGACUAGUGUCUUCGACAGGGAUAUCAGUGAAGGCUUUGAUAUGGGCGAAGUAUCCGUCGGAAGUGACUGUACCCACGGCGCUUGUCCUGAAUACAAUGUUUCCUUCGACUUCAUGGAGGAAGUCUGGCAGAACCAGACCUACACGUACACUAUCCGCGUCAACGAUUGCGGGCAAUGCAUCUCGGUAAAGGCCAGCGAUGGAGGAUGCGCCAAUUUCGUUUCCUGCGGACAAAAGCAGUUGAUCUGUGUCGACUCCACCAGGGGGCGUGGUUUCCGUGAUAAGGGUGGCACGAAAUGCUUCAUUCUUAGUCGUGGGAAGAUCGCUAACUGUGGGUUGGCGAAAACGACGCAAAUUUUUUGGCCUACGGGAAAGACUGUCUGCCGUUGGUAG